AUGGAAGACUAUGACACAGAAGCAGAUGUGCCGAGGACAGACAAAAAGUACAUUUCCUACCUUCCAAUCGUUUUAGAAAAUAUGAUUAAAAUAAACAGAGGAAAUGGAAAAAUCACAAGUUUCCAUGCAUCCAAAGUGCCUGAUAUAUCUAUUAAAAAUUAUAUGGAGCGGAUUGGAAAAUACACGGGAUGCAGCAAUGAAUGUUUCGUCCUCCUAAUGAUAUACCUAGACAGAAUUGUAAAAAUAAAUACAGACAUAACUUUGUCUCUUCUCUGUAUCCAUAGAUUGCUCAUAACAGCCAUAAUGAUUGCAGCGAAAUUUUUCGAUGACCUAUAUUACUCCAAUGCGUUCUAUGCAAAGGUCGGAGGGGUCUCUACGGAAGAGAUCAACAAACUGGAAGGUACCUUUCUACACCUGAUCGAUUACAAUUUGUUCGUCUCCUCAGAGGAGUACAAUCUGUAUAGACACUCCAUAUCCUUGGCCGUGGAGCGGUACCUGCACAGAACCCAUGUUGAGGGGAAAGUCGGAAUAGGGGCAGAUAAGAAGGGAGGACAUACCCACGGGGGGAAUCACCAUAGGGGUAAAUGUACCAGCAAAUGUACGACCAAAUGCGCCAGCCGUCCAGCCCCUGUUGUGAAGCCCUAUAAUUUGUUUAACUACACCACUCCACACAGGACCAACAUUAUGUUCCUGAAACAGGGGAAUGGCAAUCACCAUUUUCAGCCUCCUCGCGGGGGGUAG